ACCUUUAAAUAAAUGCACUUUUUAAAGCUUAAAUCGGCUUACAGAAAAGCUUAACUGUGGGACAGGAAAUAGAAUUAAACAUUUCCUUGAAGGUAUCUGUUGUGUUGCAGUCGCAGUAUGUUGUGCUUGUGUUUGUUAUAAAGUUAGAAAGACUGAACAGAAAAAUCCAAAUAAGGGAAUCAACAAGAAAUGAAUCAAUACAAUGAACUUCUUCAGCUCAAGAUCUGUGGUUGAUUGUAAGAGAAAAUAAAACUGACUUGUAUGUUUAUUAAGUUAAAUAAUAAAAUGCUGAAUAUUUAUUUUGCAGUUUCAUGAAUAAGAUGAACUCCAGGGCUCUGUUCUUCACACGAGGGAUUACUGUACUGCAUGCAGGUUUCUCCUUCAGUUCCUUCUUCACCUUCAGCUUCUCCAGUCCAAUGACAAUGAAGUUCCUACUGACACUGGUGCUCGUCUCUGCACUUUUCUCUGGAGUGCUGUCGCUGACGUGUCUUAACUGCCUUAAUGAUCAAUGUAUUAAUAUUGACUGUACAGACCAGUGUGCCAGUUUAACUGUGUUUGUAAUGAACAAUGGCAACAAUAUAAGCGCUGUUUUAAAGAGUUGUGCAGCACCGGGCAUUUGUUCACCUAUGACUGCAAACCUGGGAGAAACAAUAACAACCACCAAUGCCAUAUGCUGCAACACUACAUUAUGCAACAAUGAAACACUGCCAGUUCUUCCGGUUCCUUUGCCCAACGGGAGGACCUGUUACACCUGUAUCAAAAAUGACUGCACACAAACAGUGCACUGUGGAGGAAAUGAAGACACAUGUGUUACUGGGACAGGUACAAUAUUAGGUACUACAGUGACCGUGAAAGGAUGUGUAGCUAAAUCUUCCUGCAAUGGUACUCAAUCAGUAAUCUCAGUGGGAAAUAGCACUGUAAGUGUUCAGUGUUGUGAAGGAAACCUGUGUAACAGUGCUGAGAUCUUCACCCUGAGCUUCCUCCUCAUGAUCAUCUCUCUACACUCCUCCAUGUUCUUCUACUGAACACUGAUUGAGUAGCUCACUAAAAGCAGUAUGCAGAAGACAGAUGUUUUUUUAUUUUUUAUUUCAUUUAAGCUUCACCUCUGCUGUAUUGCAUCAUCACAUAUAACGUAUUCACCAUAUGUACAUUACUGAGCUUUUCAUGGUCUGUAGUCUCUUUAUAUCUCUUUAUUUCGUUUUUCCCACUUGUGUUAUACAGAAUCUGCAAGAAAUAAACUGAUGCAUAUUCA